UUAACCGGGCUACUGCGCGCCAAAGUUGUGGCUACUGACUAGCUCAAGAAAAGCUCUUGUUCUGAAAAGCUAUGGUUAGAACUAAAGCCAAUAAUGCAUGUACUAGAAAAGCUGUUGCAGCAAAGGCUCCAAGGAAAUCUCUAGGUGGAGGAGGAGGAGGAGUCAGACAUAAUUUCACAUCUCCCUCUUCUGCUGGCAGAAAGAAGGGAAAAGGAGUUGGAGGAAAUCCAAUUAGAGUACAUCCAACGCCAGCUUGGCAGAAAGGUAUAGACCUUUUUAUGGGCGGUGGAUCAAGUAAAGAAACAGCUGCUUCAUCAUCAUCAAGUCGAAGUGAAGAGAACAAGGAGAAUUUCCCAAAAGGGAAAGGAAAGAGAGGAGUCAGUGGGAAAGAGAGACAUAAAGGAGAGAAGGACACAGCUGCUGCUGUGAUAGAUGUUGAAGAAAUGAACAAUGAUGAAGAUGAUAGAGAGCAGGACGAGGAGACAGAAGAAAUAAAUGAACAAUCAGAAGAGGAAAGAGAAGAUGAAGAACUGGAAGAGUUAAAAUCUGAAGAUGAGGAAGAAGAGGUAGAGGAGGAGGAAGAAAUAGAAGAAGACGAUAUACUGGAAGAGGAAGAAGAGGAGGAGGAAGAAGAAGAGGGAGGGAACAAAUCAAUGUUAGAUUCAUUACCAACUGAUCUUUUUACCACACAGGAUAGUGACAAUGACAAUGAUAGUUAAUUUAAGUUAUAUCAUGGUAUAAUUCAUUGAGUUAUUAUAAAAAUAAAAGUUUUAAUGUAUAAAAAUAAAUUAUCUUGUAGUAUAUAAGUGCAUUUGUAUUUCGUUACAUUACAUGUCUUCAUUAUCACAA